AUGAAGCUGCCAGCACUACUCUCCCUCGGCUUCCUAGCCGCCUCCAUUAACGCCACCACCCCCCUACUAAACUGCCUCUCCAGCGCCCAUGUCCCCUUCAUCACCCCCACCUCCCCCACCUGGCCCCUCUUCGCCUCCCCCUUCAACAGUCGCGUAACCUACAUCCCCGCCGCAAUCAUCAUCCCCAUCUCCACCUCCCAGCUCGCCGCCGCUGUCGCCUGUGGCGCCGCGCACAAAGUCAAGGUAACCCCGAAGGCAGGGGGCCACUCAUACGCCUCUCUCGGUUUAGGGGGGGAGGAUGGCCAUUUAGUGAUUGAGCUUGAUGAGAUGGCCGGUGUGAGUUUGAAUCGGGAGAUGGGAAUAGCGACAAUCGGGCCGGGGGCGAGGUUGGGUGAUGUUGCGACGGGGAUCUAUAAUCAGGGGAAGAGGGCGUUUUCACACGGGACGUGUCCAGGUGUCGGGAUCGGGGGCCAUGUCUUGCAUGGGGGCUACGGUAUGUCAUCGCGCAAUCACGGGUCCGCGCUCGACUGGGUGGAUAGCAUGACCGUCGUGCUCGCCAAUGCAAGCGUAGUUGAUUGCUCCGCUCACCUGCACCCUUCUCUAUUCUUUGCAAUGCUAGGUGCAGGGUCGAGUUUUGGGAUCGCGACCGAGUUUCGGUUUAGGACGUUUGAGGCGCCGGAGGUAGUGACGUGGUUUUCUGCCGCGCUGCCGUGGGAUGGGGAGACGGCGGUGGAGGGGCUAGAGGAGUUGGAGUUGUUUACGAGGUAUAGAAUGCCAUCGGAGCUGAAUAUGCGGCUCAUGGCAUCGGUGAAUGGGAGUUCGCUGGAUGGUGUUUUCUAUGGAGAUAGGGCGGGGUUGGAUGGUGCGCUGGGUCCGUUUUUGGACAAGGUGAAUGGGAGUAUUGCAAGGGCUGGGACUACGGGGUGGAUUGGUGGGUUGGAGCAUUUUUCGGAAUCUGCUACGGGGUUGAUUGUACCGGAGCCUUAUAAUAUUCACGACACUUUCUACGCCAAGAGCCUCACGCUGACGGGGCUAAAUGGCACGUCGGCUGAGAAUUUCGUGGACUACUGGUUUAACGUCGCGUUCAACGUGGAUCGGAUAUGGUGGUUCCAACUCGACCUGCACGGCGGGGCAAACGCAGGCGUCUGGGAGCAUGAUGAUGGGGUGACGUCGUAUGCGCACAGGGAUAAGUUGUACAUCAUCCAGUUUUACGACAGAGUGAUAGGGCAGCCGUAUCCGGCGAGCGGCUUCCAGUUUCUAGACGGCUGGUGGGAUGCUACGACGGAGCCGCUAAAUUGGGGAGAAUGGGGGAUGUAUGUCAAUUAUGCGGAUGCGAGGUUGGGGCGGCGGGAGGCGGAGGAGCUGUAUUGGGGGAAGAAUGUUCCAAGGCUGCGGGAGAUCAAGGCGCAGGUUGAUCCGGGAGAGCUUUUUUUUAAUCCGGUUUCGAUUGAGCCGGCAAGGGGGUAGGUGAAUCUUCGAAUAUAGCAGCAGGCUGAGAUGAUCUAUGGCGCUCGUUAGGUACUACGAAAUGUCUAAGGAUUGUUUGAGUCCACAAGUGUUUUGCACUGUAUCAUGGUAU